GAAUAAAUAUCCACCCUCACUCUGCAUGGUGUGCCUAUCUGUCUGUCUCUUGCUCGCUGUGUGGUUCCCUGCCAGGGACCAGCCGACCUGCCGGGUGAUCUCUUGGCCUGCCCAUCUGUCUAUCUCUCCUCGUGGUCUGCUGCAGCCACUUAGGGAACAGAAUAAUGGAGAAAAUUAGAGCCAAACCCCAAAGACUAUCAUCAGCAGUCCGGUUUCCUUUUAAAAUUUGGCUUUCAUCUUCUGAAGCAAUUGAGUUUUGAGAUUUAUUUUAAAUUGCUUCAUUUCCAAACUUGUUUUGGUCACUACAUUCAGGAGCAAUCGAACCACCUGCUAAUCCAUAAAUAACAUUUCAAUGCUGCUUUAAGAAAGGCAGCCCAGCAGAAAACCGAUAUUGUCAGCAGCAACCAGAACAACUCCCAUUUAGACAGAAAUUGAUUCCCCAUAGAGGUUAUUGGAAAUAUUUGUAGUUCUAAAAAGGAAAGCACACCCGUGCAACAUUUGGACAAUUCAUUCUCAAAUGAAGACGUCACUGUCUCCCCCACCUCCCAGACUCCUGGGAGGAAGAAUUUAGUAGGGGUGAAGCAACUACUUCAUGAUUCUCCUCAUAACGUGCCUAUUGGGUAAACUGGCACGUUCUGGAAGGUCACAUGGUAAAGUGCAAAAAUCAAGGGGCAUGGAGAGGUGGGUCCACACACAUCAUAGGCUGGCUGUGUGACCCCAGGAUGCUACAUAACCCUCCUGAACACCUGUCCUUUUCUUACCUGUCCAAUGAUAUAAAGGAGAUAAAUGUUUUGGAACACGUACUUAACAGAAGAUAGAACAGAAUAUCGUACUAGCCACCCUAACGCUCAGUGCCCAAAGGCACUUCAAUGGUUAGAAAAAAAGCGAUGAACAAAAAGAAUGAGUCCAUUCAACAGUAUUACUAAUGCAACCUGUGGUGGAAAGACACAGAUUUAAAAGACCCAGGGGCCUUUGCUACAUCUCUCUCUCUGCUCAGCAAACUCAGUCCAUGGCAGAGAGGGAGGUGCAAACAGGUAAACAGAAGAACCUGGAUGUGGGGAGGGAGUAAGCAACACAAGACCUGGACCUCUGAGGGUACAAGCAGGAGCCUAAGGCUGUCUGGUGAAUAUUUCAAGUUCAACAGCACGGAAAAGUUAUUCCUGAAAACAACAAUAUUUCAGGGGCACUGUAAAAAGUCAGUGUUUCUCAGCCUCCAGUCAUUUCCGUCCCGCUUUUGAUUUUUUUAAAAUUAGUAUUUUCUUUACAAUGCUUAAUUAAAAUUAAAUUAUAUCUAAAAAGCCAGCUUUGCUAGCACAACUGAGAUUGUUACUAUUAUAUACAUGUUUACUCGCCAAUUUAAACUCAUUCCCAGUUUGGAAUGCUAAAGGGGUGACCAAGAUAGAGAUAAGCGACUUCGACGUUAGUAGGAACAGAUUCUACUAAAGUUAUUUGGGACAGACACUUCCUACAGUUUGCGGAAGGGGCGGGGAGGGGGGGUCUAAUCUCCUAAUAUGAGAAAACGGAAAGGCGGUCACUAAGAGGCCAAGGAAACGAUGUUGCGAGGCCUGCACCCGUCCAACCGGAGAUCUGGCGGGAGCUGCACCCUCAAGUGAGACGGCACGCCCAGCCAACCGGUGCCAGCCACACCUAGGCAGGGCUUCUCGGGGACGACACCGCGGGUGCAAGCUGCAGCCGAUCCCACGUGCAAGUUAGGGAACUGAGCCCAAGAAAAGCUAGCGCGCGCACGAAAAAGCGCACCAGCCUGCCCGCUCGUCCCCGGCGGCCGUCGCAGCACGUUGGCGGAUUCAGGACAUUUCCAAACACCCGCGCCCACAUUCCGGGAUCACCGCGUCCCUUCCCGGGCGUGGCUCAAAACACCGCGGGGGCCGCCGGGAGCGGACGCGGGCGCCUCCGCCAGCCGCGAGCAUGCGCAGUGCGCCUUGGGUGCCGAGGGCGGUGCCCCGUGGCGGACGUCGCUACGCAGGCGUCGGAUCCCCGUGGGGGAGGAGGUCGAAGACUCCAUCCGCCAUGUUGGAUGCCGCAGAUUCGCCAUAACCUCUCCGGCUCUUUCCCUAAAAAAAUUAAAAAAUAAAGAGCGAAGUUUCCUCAGGGUGUCCGGCCUUCUCGCUUGGCCCGGGAGGGAGCCGGGGAGAGCCCGAGGCUUUUUUUUCCCCUCCGCCGUGGGGGCGUUGCCAUGGAGACGCCGGCGGCAGAAAAUACAGCCAUCUUCAUGUGUAAAUGUUGUAACCUUUUCUCACCAAAUCAGUCGGAACUCCUGACCCACGUUUCUGAGAAGCAUAGUGAAGAAGGGGUCAAUGCGGAUGAUGUCAUCAUUCCCCUCAGGCCUCUGAAUACUCCUGAAACCCCCAACCCAAGCAAGGGCGGAGAUGAGUUUUUGGUUAUGAAGAGAAAGAGAGGCAGGCCCAAGGGUUCCACGAAGAAGGCCAGCACUGAAGAGGAGAUGGUAGAGAGCCUAGUGAGCCCCAGUGAGGACGGUCCCCUGGCUCCAGAGGAAGGGAGUGGCCUGGCCCCUAGCACCUUGGAGUGUAGCAAGUGCUGCCGGAAGUUCUCCAACACCCGCCAGCUGCGCAAGCACAUCUGCAUCAUCGUGCUCAACCUGGGUGAGGAGGAAGGAGUCGCAGGUAACGAGUCAGACACUGAGCUAGAAAAGAAGUACAAAGAAGAUGAUCGAGAAAAGGCUCCAAAAAGACCUCGGGCUCAGAAAACAGAGAAAGUCCAGAAGAUCUCAGGAAAGGAGGCAGGGCAGCUUUCUGGAGCCAAGAAACCCAUCAUCAGCGUGGUCUUAACUGCUCAUGAAGCCAUUCCAGGUGCUACCAAGAUUAUUCCAGUGGAGGCUGGGCCCCCUGAAACAGGAGCAGCCCCUCCCGAGACCACAGCAGCAGACCUGGUGCCACGGAGAGGGUACCAAGAAUAUGCCAUUCAGCAGACCCCGUAUGAACAGCCCAUGAAGUCAAGCAGGUUAGGUCCCACUCAGCUGAAGAUCUUCACCUGUGAAUACUGCAACAAGGUCUUCAAGUUCAAGCACUCACUGCAGGCCCAUCUGAGGAUCCACACGAACGAGAAGCCAUACAAGUGCUCCCAGUGCAGCUAUGCCAGCGCCAUCAAGGCCAACCUCAACGUGCACCUGCGCAAGCACACCGGAGAGAAGUUCUCCUGUGACUACUGCUCCUUCACCUGCCUCAGCAAGGGCCACCUCAAGGUGCAUAUUGAGCGGGUGCACAAGAAGAUCAAACAGCACUGCCGCUUUUGCAAGAAAAAGUACUCGGAUGUCAAGAACCUCAUCAAGCACAUCCGGGACAUGCAUGACCCUCAGGACAAGAAGGUCAAGGAGGCCUUGGAUGAGCUCCGCCUGAUGACGAGGGAGGGCAAGCGGCAGCUGCUCUAUGACUGCCACAUCUGUGAGCGCAAGUUCAAGAACGAGCUAGACCGGGACCGCCACAUGUUGGUCCAUGGCGACAAGUGGCCCUUUGCUUGUGAGCUCUGUGGCCACGGGGCCACUAAGUACCAGGCCUUGGAACUGCACGUCAGAAAGCACCCCUUUGUUUAUGUCUGUGCUAUAUGUCUCAAGAAGUUUGUCAGCUCCAUCAGGCUGCGCUCCCACAUCCGAGAGGUGCAUGGGACAGCCCAGGAGACUUUGGUCUUCACCAGCUCCAUCAACCAGAGCUUCUGCCUCCUGGAGCCUGGUGGGGACAUCCAGCAAGAAGCCUUGGGGGAUCAGCUACAGCUUGCAGCUGAAGAAUUUGUGUGCCCAGAAGUCGAUGUGCACAAGGACGAGGCUUGUCCUGGGGAAGCUCAGCCUGAGGUAGGGCCCAGGGAACUGGAGGCCCCUGGAGAAGCAACUGCCCCAGCUGUGCCCUUGGACACCCCCAAGACUGAAAGUGCUUCCCUUUCCCCCUGCAAAGUAGGAACCACUGAGGUCCCCUCUGACCUCAACCCUCUAGGAAUGGUUUCAGAUGAUUUCUUACUGAAAAACGAUACCUCCUCUGCUGAGGCUCCUGCUGCUGCCGAGACAACCUUGGACACACAGCAUGGAGGCUCAGCCCCCACUCAGGGUGAAGAUGUCAUACUGCUGCUGACCAAGGCCAAAAGUGCUGAACCAGACCCAGAGGCCCAGAGCGAGCAGAGCCCUCCAGGUGGAGGGCAGAAUGCGGUCACUCUGCCAGUCAGUGAACCUGACUCUAACAAGUGUCUCAGGUCAAACCCAGUGGAGUCCUCAGACCUCCUCCCUACGGUGGCUGAUGGAGGGGACCUUGGAAUGUGCCAGCCUGACUCUUGCAAACCUUCCACUGAGCAUCAUCCCGGCAGCACAGCAUUCAUGAAGGUCUUAGACAGUCUCCAGAAGAAGCAGAUGAACACCAGUCUAUGCGAGAGAAUCCGGAAGGUUUAUGGAGACCUGGAGUGCGAAUACUGUGGCAAACUUUUUUGGUACCAAGUGCAUUUUGACAUGCAUGUCCGCACCCACACCCGGGAACAUCUGUAUUAUUGCUCCCAGUGUCACUAUUCUUCCAUCACCAAAAACUGCCUUAAACGCCAUGUAAUUCAGAAACACAGUAACAUCUUGCUGAAGUGUCCCACUGACGGCUGUGACUACUCGACUCCAGAUAAAUAUAAGCUACAGGCCCAUCUUAAAGUUCACACAGAGCUGGACAAAAGGAGUUAUUCUUGUCCUGUAUGUGAAAAAUCUUUUUCAGAAGACCGAUUGAUAAAGACACAUAUCAAGACCAAUCAUCCUGAGGUCUCCAUGAACACCAUCUCUGAGGUUCUUGGGAGAAGGGUCCAGCUCAAAGGGCUAAUUGGAAAGCGAGCCAUGAAGUGUCCAUACUGUGAUUUCUAUUUCAUGAAGAAUGGCUCAGACCUUCAGCGGCACAUCUGGGCUCAUGAGGGUGUGAAGCCCUUCAAAUGUUCUCUUUGUGAAUAUGCAACUCGCAGCAAGAGCAACCUCAAGGCUCAUAUGAACCGCCACAGCACUGAGAAGACCCACCUCUGUGACAUGUGUGGCAAGAAAUUCAAAUCCAAAGGGACAUUGAAAAGUCAUAAGCUCCUCCACACAUCCGACGGGAAGCAGUUCAAGUGCACUGUGUGCGACUACACGGCAGCCCAGAAGCCACAUCUGCUGCGGCACAUGGAGCAGCACGCCUCGUUCAAGCCUUUCCGCUGUGCUCAUUGUCACUACUCAUGCAACAUCUCUGGCUCCCUGAAGCGACACUACAACAGGAAGCACCCCAAUGAGGAGUAUGCCAACGUGGGCAGCAGGGAGCUUGCAACUGAAGCACUCAUCCAGCAAGGUGGUCUGAAGUGUCCUGUUUGCAACUUUGUGUAUGGUACCAAAUGGGAGUUCAAUAGGCACUUGAAGAACAAACAUGGCUUGAAGGUAGUGGAAAUUGAUGAAGACCCCAAAUUGGAGCCAGCAACAGAGACUCCUGAGGAGCCCUCCACCCAAUACCUCUACAUCACCGAAGCUGAAGAAGAUGUUCAGGGGACACAGGCAGCAGUGGCCGCACUUCAAGACCUGAGAUACACCUCUGAGAGUGGCGAUCGACUUGACCCUACAGCUGUGAACAUUCUGCAGCAGAUCAUUGAGCUGGGUUCGGAGACCCACGAUGCCACUGCUGUGGCCUCUGUGGUUGCUAUGGCGCCUGGGACAGUAACUGUUGUGAAACAGGUCACCGAUGAGGAGCCCAGUUCCAACCAUACCGUCAUGAUCCAGGAGACCGUGCAGCAGGCCUCCGUGGAGCUCGCUGAGCAGCACCAUCUGGUGGUGUCCUCUGAUGAUGUGGAGGGCAUUGAGACAGUGACCGUGUACACACAAGGCGGGGAGGCCUCUGAAUUCAUUGUGUAUGUACAAGAGGCUGUUCCUCCCAUGGAGGAGCAGGUUGGGGAGCAGCCGGCUCCAGAACUCUAGAGGAACCUAGUCUCCUUCAGCAGCCUUGGCUUUGUGGGCACUGGGGACCCCCUCACCUGCCAGGCCCAUGGAAUGGCGCUGUCCUUGCCUUUCUUGUCUACUGGCCCAGAUGGUAUUCUUUCCACUGUCCUUUGAUCAAGGCCAGUGCAUCACCAGCAAUACAGAACCCCAAUCCUCCCAAUCAGCACGGAUCACACCCCUGGCCCAGCAUCCUCUGUUUCUGGAAGACUUUUACAUCAGCUGUCCUGUCCUGCUCCUUUCUUGCUUCAGGACCCAGAGACUCCCAUCCCAUCAGCAUCUUCUUUGAUUACAACCCCAGCCCUUUGCCCACCCUCACCCUAGGUGCUCAUUCCCCUCCGGGCCCACUGUGCUGUCUGUGAAAGGAAGACAGACACCACACAGCAAGUGGCCUUAGUCUUUUGAGUGAACCGCUGGGGCGGAUGGGGAGGAUCAUCCAAGCAUUCUCCACUGUGCACCAUCCUCCUCAUUGCGGGAGCACGGGGAACAAAUGAGUGACCCUAUUCCUCUAUCACAAGGGCCCACCUUGGAGUUCUUUUUGCUUUUUAAAAUAAAUACAUUUUCUCUCUUCACCUCUCAUUCAGGGAGGUGGGGAA